AGCAUGAAAAAGUCCAAAGCUGACUUGAAUGACUCACAUACAGACACGGUGUUGUGGCGCAGUGCUCCCUCCACCCACCUGCCGCUUUGCACAAAUAUGAAAACUGAAACACACGUACCUCGUGCAACAUUUCUGAGAAACACCACUGAGUUAUAUGAAGGUAGACUGGCUGCAUCAACUCUUCCCCUGAGUAACUUUCAUUUUGAACUUUCCUCUCUAUAGUCUACAUCAUGGAAACUUUUAAUCCCUGGAGCUCACUACAAGGAUAUGCUAUAUUUAUGUUUUUGUGGAUGAUCAAUAAAGGAUCUGCAUGCGAGCCCCCCUCUAGUCCUCUGUGCUUCAGGCGAAACUCCUCGGAGACUAUUUAUAAAUGUGAGUGGAAUCAAACCGGGAACCAAGCCGAUGUAACAUAUGACCUCCACUUUAAUUUUGCAAUAGACCUAAAGAAUAACUUCAAAGAGACUUCGAUCGACAUCUUGGCCGAGCAGCUGAUUACAGAGCGCAUUACUGAGAGUUGGGUGGAAGUUCACACUGGAAACUCCAGCUGCCGCUCACCCAGAAGGUCUGCUGUUCUUGGGCAAACAGUAAAAUUUGACCCACCGAAUAAUAUUACAGUGACUUGGAUACAAAACAGCCUCAUAUUAAAGUGGUCUGCUGCAGAGAAGUUUCCAGCUUUGGCAGAAAUCUGGUUUCGAAAUGAGGACCAUACGGAAACAUGGGACAAAGCAAUAACCAACGCCACCCUCAGCGGUGCUUCCACAUACCAGGCCAUUAUCAGGAAUCUGCUGAAGAAUUCAUUUUACCAGGUUCAGAUCCGACAUCAGUGCAAGCAGGUCAAAGAGCCUCUGUGGAGCAACUGGUCUCAAGUUGUGAUUGUUCCAGCAGAACUUGAACAUAAACCUAACGUCAGAUGGAAGGAACAACUUCUAGACGGCAAAAGAAAAGUGAUCCUAAGUUGGGAGUCGGUGCCAAAAGCAGCAUCGGUCAGAGGGAUACGUUUCACCCUGAACGACACACAGUCUUCUCGUGGAUGCCCCUGUAAAAAGAAAAUACAUACCACCAACUCUACACACUACACUAUGUAUGUGUCUAAUUCAGCAGUAAACAUCUCGGUCAUUGCAACAAAUGCAGCGGGAUCUUCUCCUUUAGCAAGUGUACAAUUACCAGCUGUACAGAUGAAGGAUUUAAAAGUUUGCAAUAAAACAUUAUUGGGGGAAAAAUUGGAAAAAUCAAUGUGCCUCGAGUGGUAUGAAUUAGAUGAAGACUCAGUGCCAACGAAUGGGAGUUUUCAAUCCAGAAAAAGAGAAAAGGCACGGAUUAACGAGACCGUGCAGGACCACAUCCGCUACCUUUACUUUGAGCAAAGAUGUCACAAAGGGAAGCCACAGACAGUCAAAACGUGCUUCUUCUAUAAAGAAGAGGGAGCACCAAAUAAAGAACCACAGGACUUCAGGGCUUUCGGUGAAAUGCACACUUCUGUCAACUUGUCUUGGAAAGCAAUUCCCCUGAAGAACCAGCGAGGCGUCCUCACACACUACAACCUGUGCUGGGUGAAAAGCAACUCCCAGGAUGUGCCACCAGAAUGCCGUAACAUAUCUGCCUCUGAGACAAAACAUCGCUUGGAUAAGUUGACGCCGGGAACCAAAUACAGCAUCAGCCUGACCGGAGUGACUCGAGUUGGAAAAGGACCUGAAGCCACAGUGACUGUCAACACAAAGCCGGAGAAGCCUGUAAAUGUGUGGCUUAGCUUUGGCUUGCUGAUUAUAUUCUUUUUAGUCUCAAUUAUGUGCACCUUUGUCUUUAAGAGAAUCAAAAACAAGCUCUUCCCUCCUGUGCCGAGACCUUUUAUUCCAAAUUUCACCUCCCAUCAACCAGAGACUCCGGUGACGGCAGAGCACAAAGAGGAGGUGCACGAUCUGAUGCUGCAGCAACUUCAUCCAGAGAGUAGGACUGUCUGUGAGGAGACAGAGGAAGUGACUGUUCUUGGAGGACAGUGGGAUGAUAGGAGUGGUGAAGACAUGAAGAACGACAACAGCGACUCGGGAGGAUCUGAUGAAGAGUCUCUAAGUGCCGACACUCUAAAGACAACCAGUGAAAGAGAGGGGACAGACCUUGAACAGAUGGACAGUGAGCUUGCCAUACUGAUUUACAGGAAUGGUUUGGUGUUUGAUGUAAAGACUGACUCCAGUUAAAGGGAUGCUGACGGCUGUUUUUCUGCAUUGCUGCUCAAAACUGCAAAAGCAUGUCAAUGAUUGACCUGUUGACAAAUACAGGUAACUAGAGUAUUUCUGUUGUUGUAAGGACUGUGUUCUUUCUGAGAAACAUCAUCCUUUCACAGUAUCUUAUUAUUAAAAAAAACAUAUUUUUUUUCAUCUUUGACUUGAAUGCAUUUUCACUGUGGAGAGAUUUUUUUUUUUUUUUUUAAUUUAAGUAGGCCAGGUUGUGAAAGUAGGACAGUUUAACCACUCUCAUGCUUUACAGAAAAUGGUUGUAGGACAUUUUGGUACACAUCUCUAAGUUGUAAAAAAAAAAAAAAAGAAAAAAAAAGAUUAAAUUCAAUUUAAUUUCACAACAGGAGGCAGAUUCAAAAGAACUGCCCCCCUCAAAAAAAAAAAAAA